CUGAGUCUGUUGAGGUAAGGCCUCGUCUACGCAAUUCAUUCUCGUCCUUCCAAUCAGUUUGAACUUUGAGCACAAAAGUUCUCUCACGAUAAUGCUUUGAAGCUCUGCAACUCUCUUUCUCUCUCAUCUCGCUCGCAAUCGCUCCAACAUGGAGACAAUUGUUUCCAGUUCGAUGACUUUUGUCAGAUUACCAGUCUCUCCGGUUCUUACAGUGACAUCGACCUUUAAAUUCCAGACGAGUUGCUUCACAGCUUCGCCGAAGAGGAGGCUAUCGUUGCGUCCUCAGAAUCGAAGAACACUAGGGUUAGGGUUUCGUCGAUCUUCGUCACUUCGCAAAUCAGCAAUAACUUGCGGUGUCACGGAGAUUAACGAGAGCCAGUUCUCGGACACUGUUUUGAGGUCUGAUUGUCCGGUUCUCGUUGAGUUCGUCGCCAAUUGGUGUGGUCCUUGCCGUUUGAUCUCUCCCGCUGUUGAAUGGCUUGCUCAGGAAUACAAAGAAAAACUAAUAGUCGUAAAGAUUGAUCAUGACUCGAAUCCUCAACUAAUUGAAAAGUACGAGGUUUAUGGCUUGCCAACUUUGAUCCUCUUCAAAAAUGGGCAAGAAGUUCCAGAAAGCAGGAGAGAAGGUGCUAUUACAAAGGUAAAGCUUAAAGAGUACGUUGAUACUCUGUUGGAGUCGGUCUCUGUCACAUAGUUUCUUUAGAAGUUUCUUCACCAGCAAUGUUGUUCUCUUCUUCAAGUUGCAACACGGCUGAGAACAUGUGUGAGUAGGAAAAAGUUCUUUUCCAUUUGUUCUAUUCUUGCGAUCUACGACAUGGUAUGUAAUUCCAUCCUGCUUGUAUAUUUUGAGCUGUUCCAAGUGUGAAAUUAUUGAAAAACUAGAUGUAAGCCAUAUCAGUCGAUCAAAGUUUCUACGUUUGUGGCA